AUGAUAAAAAUAAAAAAUCUUACAGUUAUUCUACUAAUAAUUUGUUUAGUAAUAAAUAAAAUAAUAAAGUGUGAGAGAAAUUCAUUUAAAAAUGAAAAAGGAAUAACUAAAUCUAUUGAUGAUAAUAUUAUGAAUGUACUGAAUUCAGUUAGUUUAAGUCACACAAUAAAAAGAGAAAAAAAUAUCUUAAAUGAUUUGUCUAAUUAUAUGCAGUUCUUAAAAGAAUUGAGUUCAUUAGAUAUUGAAGGUAUGGAAAAUGAAGGUUUACUUAUUAUUGAUAAAAAAAAAAAAAAGGGAAAUAAUAAAAACUUUAAAAUUAAAUAUUCUUCAAAAAGAAAUUAUAAAAAUAAUAUUAAAGAUAUAAAGGAAGAAAUAAGCAAAAACAUAUAUUUAUAG